GCAUAAUUUGAUUGAGUAACCCAUAUAAAACUAGCAGAUUAGUGAUACAAUAGUAACCGUUGUUGUCAGUAUGAACUUGUUGGAUCAGUGAUGUGCUGCUGGCUACAGGGAAUUUCCCUGUUAGACAUUAAUUAAGAAGCUAUUAAUCACAUGCAUGUGUUUCCCUCUCCAGAUGGAUCAGCCUGUCCUACUGUCACUCUUGUUGUUUUUCUUCAUGCGGUCCUCUCCGUGUGACUGUCACCCUCACUCUGCUGGCUCCAUAAGGUCAACAGCUUCAGCCAGGCCUGUUUCCAGUCACACUGCAAGGAAAGUCUCAGACACAGCUGCAGAGGUAGCAGGCUAUGCUGAUGUGGCCAAACAGAUUAUUGACCUGGCUCUUUUUGGAGCUGCGCAGAACCGCUCUUACAGACGGCUGGCCGACUUCACCGACACCAUCGGGAACCGUGUCAGCGGCUCACAGAACCUGGAGAUGGCCAUAAAUUACAUGUACAAGGCUCUGACACUGGAUGGGCUGGUUGUACAUUUAGAGCCAGUCAAAAUCCCACAUUGGGUAAGAGGAAAGGAGAGUGCAGAAAUGAUUGCGCCCAGGGCCAAAAGUCUGGCCAUGCUGGGACUGGGCAGCAGCGUAGGGACACCACCUGAGGGUAUCGAGGCAGAGGUGUUGGUGGUUCAGUCUUUUGAGGAACUGAAACGUCGAGCCAGCGAGGCCACAGGGAAGAUUGUGGUCUUUAACCAGCCUUUUGUCAGCUAUGGGGAGACGGUGGCUUACCGUGCUUAUGGCGCCUCUGAGGCAGCCAAAGUGGGAGCCGUGGCCACACUCAUUCGAUCUGUUACUCCAUUCUCUAUAAACAGUCCUCACACAGGUUGGCAAGACUACCAAGACGGAGUGAAACGCAUCCCAUCAGCCUGUAUCACCAUGGAGGAUGCUGAGCUGAUGUGGCGUAUGGCAGAGAGAGGGCAGAAAAUUGUUGUCAGACUCACAAUGGGAGCCAAGACGCUGCCGGAUGCUGACUCCUUCAACACCGUGGCUGAGAUCAGAGGCUGGCAGCACCCUGAGCAGGUCGUUUUACUGAGCGGCCACUUGGACAGUUGGGAUGUGGGCCAAGGCGCCAUGGAUGAUGGAGGUGGAGCCAUGAUUUCCUGGGAAGCCCUGUCACUCAUCAAGGAUUUAGGUUUGCGUCCGAGGAGAACCCUGCGAACAGUUCUGUGGACGGCUGAGGAGCAGGGUGGAGUCGGAGCGCAGCAGUACUAUAAUUUACACAAGGGGAACAUGUCCAACUUUGACCUGGUCAUGGAGUCUGAUCUGGGGACAUUUACCCCAGUUGCUCUGCAGUUUAGUGGCAGUGACGCAGCACGAAAGGUGAUGGCGGAAGUGGUCAAACUGUUGGCUCCCAUUAAUACGACCAAACUGGAGACGCACGGGGAAGGGACAGACAUCUCCCCCUGGAUGCAGGCAGGAGUACCAGGUGCCAGCCUCCAUGUGGCAGACAGUCGAUACUUUUGGUUCCACCACAGCGAGGGUGACACCAUGACCGUUCAGGACCCGCGAGACAUGAACCUCUGCUCGGCAUUGUGGGCCGUGGUUGCUUAUGUGGUUGCAGACCUACAGGACAUGCUGCCCAGGUAGCCAGUUAGCACACAGGAUGCUGAAUCCCCAAGUUAAACAGGGAAACAGGAUGAACACUGUGAACUGCACCGGUUGGUUGCAAAACACACAGUCAAGUCCAACCACCUUCCAAAUGUCUUUAAAAAGAGUUGAGAUUAAAUUACUUAAGUUAAUUUACAAUUUUUUUUUUUUUUCAAAACUUUAUUUAUUGAGUUUUUUCCCAAAAAGUAAUACACGAUGAACACAACAACGAACAUACAGUCAUAAAACCCCAUCCGUCCCUCUCAUAACCAACAGUAAUCUCGGAGGAAAACAAAUACUUGAGUUAAUAAAAAAUAAAAUAAAAUAAAUGUAUUAAUUAAUAAAUAAUAAUAAUAAUAAUAAUAAUAAUAAUAAUAAAUAAAAUAAAUUAAAGCAUAUUAAUGAAUAAAUUAAAUAUAAAAAAAUUAAAAAAAAAUUAAAAAAUGGAGAGUAAAUAAAUAAAUAACAAUAAAACAACAAUACACAAUCAUAAUAAUCAUAAAACAAUAAUAAUAAUGAAAUAAAAUUAAAUGGACAGUUUGUUAAUUUACAAAUUAAUUGUGAAUCGUCCUUGAAAACAAAAGAGAUUGAGUGACUUCUUUGUAUUUAUUGAACACUAGAAGUUGCAUGAUAAUGGCCCAAAACAUAUUUUAGUUAAAUAAUGAUAAAUUAAAACAUAAACCAAAUUUACAAAAAGUUGAACAUUAAUAGCCACGAAAAUAAUUGUUUUUGAAUAAAGACCCAAUAGAUAUACAUAAUAAUGUAGCUCAGGGCUGGGUCAUGACUAUCUUGAAUGUAAAGCAAGCUAAAGAGCAGUCAGGACCAAAGAUAGGACAUGUAA